AUGCUCAAACGCAAAAUCAAGUCGGCCAUCUUGCCAUUCACAAUGCAAGUGCGGUCCACGUCGACAACAGCCACCGCCCCCGCUUCAUCGUCACCGAGUUCGAUGGCACCGUCGAAGCCAAAACCACCCGUUUUACCGCGCCUUCCCGUUCCAGAGCUGCGAAAGACGUUGGAUAAAUACCUUGCUUCGUUGGAGCCGUUCUUACUUGAGGAUGAAAAGCGCGGUGGUAUGUCAUACCAGUCCGGCUACACUCUUCGGAAGAAAUGGGCAGACGAAUUCGAGCAGGGUAUUGGCAAGGUUCUUCAGGACCGACUCAUAGCUCUCGACAAGGCUUCGCCCAAUAAUUGGCUAGACGACAACUUCUGGAUUAACAAGGCCUACUUGGAAUGGAGAGCUCCUCUCCUCGUCAACUCGAAUUGGUGGUUGGCCUUCUUCGAAGACGAUAUGAUCCCUCAAAGUGCAAUUAAAGGAGAGACAAGCAACAAUAGAGCUGGGACCACGUUCUGGCAGCUUCGACGAGCAGCAUGGCUAACGUGGAGGAUUUUAGACUUCAAGGACAAGCUUGACCGACAAGAAAUCCAGCCGGAUACUACUCGGACAGGCAUCUGGUUCCGGAACAGCACCUCCAAGCUAUUCAACAUUGCACGAAUACCUGAAUUUUAUUGCGACAUGCUCUCCAAUCCACCAGAAACGCCCACCCGUGAAGCCCGCUCGCUGUUGGUCAUGGUACACGACUGGUGCUACGCGGUACCCGUUUACCACCCUCCAGUCGGGGAUGAAUAUCCAGUCCUGAUGACCCCGAGGGAAAUUGAGGCAAAACUUCGGUCAGUCGUACUCGACGUUGAAGAACGUCUGGCAAAAGGCGAGAAGGCGGUCCCUAUUGGCGUCUUAAGCGCCGAUGACCGUGACAAAUGGGCUGCUCAGAAUCUUCGUCACCUCCUGAACCUCCACCCCUCAAACCGCAAAACCCACCAAGCCAUGCUCCACACCGUUAUGGGCCUAAGCCUGGACCAUACCACCUACGCCAUCCCGCCUCCAUCCACCACUGCUAACCUUCCACCUUUCAAAGUCCACCACCGCACCCUCGAACAAUCCUACCUUGACUCCCAUUUGCACACCAUCCGCGGUACACCCCUCAACGUCGGAAACCGAUUCUUCGACAAAGCCUUCACGCUCAUCGUCGACCCUUCAACCCGCGCUGGAGCUACGGGUGAACAUUCCCCUUGCGACGCCCUGGUUCCAAGUAUCGUCGCAGAGUACGGUAUUGUUCAGGGAGUUGAAGUGGAACAGUUCGCCGAAGGCGUGAAGCCAUCGUCAGCGGCACCUUCGAAUGAACCAAUGUGGGAGCGUUUGGAUUGGGUUGCAGAUGACAGGAUAUGGAAGGAGUCGGAUGCUGCUCGCCAACGUGCCAACCAGAUUAUGAACAACUCCGAUGACAGUGUUUUAUGGUUCACGGAUUACGGAACAGAUUGGAUAAAGACCAUGGCUAAGCUCUCCCCUGACGCGUACAUCCAGAUGGCACUCCAGCUGGCCUGGUACAAGACACGUGGUGAAUUCACGGCAACAUAUGAAACCGUAUUGACUCGGAUGUUCAAGAACGGACGAACAGAGACUUUGCGAUCGUUGACGAGAGACGCGCGAGAGUGGGUGUUGAGCAUGCACGAUCCAAAGGCUUCGUCCCAGGAUCGCAUUCGAGCCCUCCAACGCGCCGUCCAAACGCAUACUCGCCUCACACGUGAAGCAGCGACAGGCCGUGGAAUCGACCGACACCUCAUGGGCCUCCAACUCCUCCUUCGCCCCCCCAACGGCGAAUCGGCUGCACUCUUCGACGACGAACUAUUCUCGCGCAGCCAGACAUGGAAACUAAGCACCAGCGGCCUCAGCGCGGGCCAUUUAUUCAAGGGUACCGGAUUUGGUGCUGCCUAUGAGGAUGGAUAUGGGAUAAACUAUCUUGCUGCCCCCAGCCUCAUCAAGUUUGGCAUUGAGUCCAAGUUUGACAGCCCCCACACGUCAACUCAACUCUUCAAGAGUGUUGUUGCUGAAUCAUUGCUUCAGAUGAAGGAGUUACUCCUGCUUCAACCGACUGCUGAGCCUGAGAUUAUUCCUAGUCAUUUGUAA